CAAACUCAGCCGGGGCCGUUUAAAACACUUCCUCUCCUCAGCGCCACCAAGUAGAACAUACUUCCUCUACUCAGCUCCGCCCGGCCGACGUCUGACAACCAGAGACGAGAGAGAGCGCCCGAGAGAGACAGACCCGCUGCUUUUCUCCGGCGCAGACCCUACUUCUCAGCGCGGAGAAGACGGCUAUGAUCGGUCACUGAGGGAGUCACCGGUCGGAGGUCAGCUGGUUGUCAUGCAGAGCGUCAAGUGUGUCGUCGUGGGCGACGGAGCGGUUGGGAAGACGUGUCUCCUCAUCUCGUACACCACAGGAGCCUUUCCCAAAGAGUACAUCCCCACAGUGUUCGACAACUACAGCAGCCAGGUGACGAUGGAUGGCCGGACCAUCAGCCUGAACCUGUGGGACACGGCCGGUCAGGAGGAGUACGACCGUCUGCGGACCCUCUCCUACCCCCAGACCCACGUCUUCAUCAUCUGCUUCUCCAUCUCCAGCCCCGCCUCCUACGAGAACAUCAAACACAAGUGGCACCCAGAGGUGUCCCACCACUGUCCUGGCGUCCCGGUUCUCCUAGUGGGCACCAAGAGCGAUCUCCGGAACGACACGGAGACCCUGCGGAAGCUGAAGGAGCAGAACCAGAUGCCCGUCACCCAGCAGCAGGGCUCGGCGCUGGCCAAGCAGAUCCACGCCGUGCGCUACCUGGAGUGCUCGGCGCUGAACCAGGACGGCAUCAAGGAGGUGUUCGUGGACGCCGUGCGGGCCUUCCUCAACCCCCAGCCCACCGUCGCCAAGAGGCCCUGCGUUCUGCUCUGAGGCCCGGGUGGACUCGCUCACACGGAGCCGUCCCCGCAGACGCCGUGUACAGAGGCGCCGCAUCCCAUUAGGCAUACCAGGCAACUGCCUGGGGCCCCUCAAUUGUUUGGGGGCCCCGGGCC